CGGGCCGGGCGUCACGCCAGUUGGGUUAACGUCGUGAGCAGCAGUCGCUGUUGGCUUCAGUGUCUCUCUCUCUGGGCUUCAGUAGUAACUGGAUGGAGAUUUAACUCGGAGGAGCUUAAAGUGUUGGAGUAAAAGAUUACUGGACGUGGUCUGAGGAACUAGUACCGACACAGACAAACAAGCAAACAGGAUGUGAUGUUUACGACCCGCGGAGCAAAAUGUCAAGAGGAACAAAAGAGACUUUUUUUUUUACGAGGCUCAGCGGACUGAACUAACCAGCAGCUACACCGGCUAACGUUAGCCGGGUUAACGCUAGCUAACACCACAGACAGACUUUAUGACUGCUUCCACUUUCAAGCAUCCUCACUUGUUCAGCGGAUCUCACUGAUACGCACUCACCAUGGCAGCAGUGGUUAGCUACUCUCCACCAUGGUGGGUGAACCUGAUACACAAACUCCCACAUUUCAACCUCAAGUUUGAGCAAAUUAGCAGCGAUUUCCGACCAGAGGACUGGACGUAUCAACAGUCCAUCCUGUUAUUUGGAGGUGUGGCGCUCGCCUGUCUGGCCCUGGAUCUGCUGUUUUUGCUCUUCUACUCCAUUUGCCUGUGCUGCCGGCGAAGCAAAAAUGUGGAGCAGCCCAACGCGGACUGCUGCUGCACGGCCUGGUGUGUCAUCAUAGCAACACUUGUCUGCAGUGCUGGCAUUGCUGUUGGUUUCUAUGGGAACGGUGAGACUUGUGAUGGAGUGAGUCGGCUGACAUAUUCCCUACGCCACGCUAACCACACAAUCAUAGGAGUGCAGAAGCUGGUAUACGAGAGUACAUCCUCAUUGAACCAGACGGUAGACGGCAAUCUACAACAGCUUGAGGGACAGUAUGCACAGCAUGCGGACUACCUGUCUAUCAUCCAAAAGCUGCAAGACCAACUGGACGAGCUGGUCAGACAGAUGGUCAAGAUUCCCUUCUGGGACAACAGCAACAUCUCCCUGGAGGAGCUGGCUGUCCAGAUUGAGCUGUAUGACUGGUACAGGUGGCUGGGCUACAUAAGCCUGCUACUGUUCGAUGUCCUCAUCUGCCUUCUGGUGCUGUUUGGCCUCAUUCGCAACUCCAAGGGAACACUUAUAGGGGUGUGCUUGUUCGGUGUAGUGGCUCUGGUCGUCAGCUGGGUCUCCCUAGGGCUGGAAUUGUCCGUCUCCCUGACCUCGAGUGACUUCUGUGUUUCCCCUGAUACUUACAUCACAAAAGUGGCAGACCAGUAUGGAGUCAUCAAUCAAGAAAUCCUGCAGCACUACCUUAGUUGCAGUUUGGAAAAAACCAACCCCUUCCAACAGAAACUUUCGGGCAGUCACAAGGCGUUGGUGGAGAUGCAAGAUGAUGUGUCCGAACUGCUGCGUUCUGCCACCAGAGAGUAUAAACAAACUAAGGGAAGUUUGGAGGAGAUUCAGGGGAUCCUGAACACCACAGAGAUCAACCUGCAUCAGCUCACUGCACUGGUGGACUGUCGCAGUCUGCACAUGGACUUCGUGCAGGGCGUGACGGGGCUGUGUUAUGACGGACUCGAAGGCCUCAUCUACCUCGUGUUCUUCUCCUUCGUCACGGCUCUCAUGUUCAGCUCGAUUGUUUGCAGUGUGCCUCACACCUGGCGGGGCAAGAGGAAUGAGGAGGAGAGUGAGGACGAGUCUCUGAGCCAUGGAGGAAGGCAAAACAAUGAUAAUCUUUACCGGGUCCACAUGCCCAGCCUGUACAGCUGCGGCAGCAGCUAUGGCAGCGAGACCUCCAUCCCCGCUGCCGCCCACACUGUCAGCAAUGCUCCUGUUACAGAAUACAUGGCUCAGAAUGCCAGCUUCCAGAAUUCUCGCUGCGAGAACACGCCCCUGAUCGGACGAGAGUCUCCUCCCCCCUCGUACACCUCCAGCAUGCGGGCGAAGUACCUGGCCAACAGCCGACCAGAACCCAACAACCCUCCUCCAGCAGCAGCAGCAGCAGCAGCAGCAGCAGCAGCAGCAGUAGUAGUGGAGGAACUCCAACACUGAACUCAUCCUGCCUACAGCAGUGACGUCUCUACAGUCACAGUCACUCACUCAUCCUGUCAGUCAGUCUUUUUGGGGUUUGUUUGUUUGUUUGUUUUUACCCACACAUAGUUUUCUCCUCCACCUCCUGCUUCCCUCAACUAUUAACUCACUUCAGAUCAGAAAAGCAAAUAAGCUUUUGGUUGAAGUAAAGGUGAAGAAGAGGACAGAAAUCUAUGAAGGAGUGUUAGAGCCACUGAUGAGUUUUUAAUACAUAUUUUUUCCUUUGUGCAGUUUGAGAAUUGAAUGUUUGUGCAGGUUGGCAAUUUUGUUUUCUUUUUACAUGGAGAAAUCGCUCCUCACAAAUCUCUGUAUGGUACAAUGACAUCUCUGUGAGCUCUGAGCUCCACAUCCUCGCGACUUGAUCAAAUGUUUUAUUAUGUCUUGUGACAAAAACCUAUCUCUUUAAAUUAUAAACAGUGCUCAGGUGUAACCAAAGAAAUUCUCAAUCUGCAUUAGGGAAAAUAAUUCUCCGACAGCGUGAAGGAAAAAAUAGGAAAGCAAAAUCUAAUACGCCUGAAAAAAGUAUUUUCUCUCUCAUCCAUGGUCUUAAUUCUCCUCCUUCUCUGAACUCUGACUGACUGACCUUUCUUACACUCUUCUAUUUAAUUUCUCUUUUAUUUCCCAAACGCUCCGUGACUUUUUGUACAGCGUCGCGUCUAAAGAAAGCACUGCAGUGCCGAGGACUCUGGAAGUGCUCAUAGACACUUGAUAACGCUGAUUACUGCUGGUUGUUUUGUUUCGAGUACUGUAACGCAGCCCUUGUCUUUACUAUGUGUGUGCGGGGACACGUGAACGACGGGGGGGGAAACUUCUCACGUUGAACGCGUAGGUCAGUUUCAUAAGGUAACGUCCGUGUUGCUCAUGUUUUCCUUCUGCUUGUGGAACACGAUAUUUGCGUUGCAUUAUUCUCCUGUGAAUAUUGACAUACUGUACAGUAUAUCGCACGUGCACAUAGAUAUGUUUUGAGUGUGUUGCAUUUCGUCUUAAAUCUGACGCCUGGGACCAGUUUUCCUGCAGCGUUGCACGUGGUACAGGUUUUUGGACACUGUUAUUUCCUGUGGCAUUUCUUUGGGGGCCGAAAACAAAAGAAAAAACACAAAUGAGCCACUUUUCCACAGCAGUGACUGUAAACUUGUGAAGCUGUGAACUUCGUUGACACUCAGAGGAUUCUAUGAGGACAAAGACGAGCUGCGUAACGGAAAUGCAGCUGGGAAGAAGUUUUUAUACCACUGGAAGCUUUGUUUUUUUUGUUUUUUUUAACGACGAUGGUGAAGCACUGGAAUAUAGAAAAGUGUGUGAUGUCCUCAACAAUAUUGCGUUCGAUCAUUUGCAGUGCCCUUUCUUCACCAGACUGCUUGUGGUCCUCUUUUAAGUUGUAAAGCUUAAUUUUCUUUAACGAAACUGGGAAUUGUGUACUGUACAUACAUACACACGCACACAUACGUAUACAUACACACAGCCUGGCAACGCUCUAUUCUACCAAAUGUAGAAGUUCAGAGUUGGAAAAUCCACUCACAUUUUUCUCCAGCGGAGGUUUUAACGCACAUCGAUGGGGGAAAAUAUUGCACAUUGCAGUUUCCUCGGAAGAGGAGCCUCGAUCAUCUGCCGUCCUGCGUCUCCCCCAAAUGUGUUUCAGCGUUUCUAACAUCAGCGGUAGGAGAAUGUGAGUGGAUGCAGUGAAGGAAUGGUGAAAAGCUCUGCUCUGUGUAUGAACUGGAACUUGUUCCUGUUGAAGCAUGAUGACUCUUUAACUGCUCUGUGACCAAUACAGGACGAUGUUUUACUGUGGUGUUUUUUUUAUUUUAUUUUUGAGUCUGUGCCAACAAGAGAAGAAAAAAAAGAAAAAGCAGCACAAAUCUUUUACUCUGAAUAUCUUUUUAAAUGUCUUUAUUUUAGGCGUUUCUGCUCUGUAAGACUUAAUUACGCUGAUGCGUUCUUUCAGAUUCAUGUUUUCCAUAGUUGAUUUUGUUGGUUGCGCAAAACUCUUGUACAGAUUGUGAACAAUUCCUCAAAAGACUCAUUUUAAAAAUUCCUUAUUUGAUUUGCUCUUAGAUGUUUUUCUGUUUAAGAAUCUGUAGCGGACAUAAUGUUGCUUCAUUAAUGUGAAUACGGUCAAUAGAUUCCAAGUUUUUCUUUCGUUGUGUUUUUUUAAUCACUGUAGAUGUAAUCACUUUUUUUUUAUUAUUGUUAUUUUUAUUUUAUACAUUGUUUUUUUGCAGUUUCUAAAAAUAUGUACAUGUAAAAAAAACCUGUGGUUAAAUUGAGGUUGAAUGCUGUGUUUUAAAAUUAAACACCUUAACUGUAUAAUUCUGUAGACACUGCCGUGUCCCUAUGUCUUCUACAGGAGCAGACACUAGGUGGCAGCAAAGCUUCACUGUCGUCUCCACCAUUUAUUUCAGCUGAACUGGUAACACCACCUCUUUUGUGCAGGGCUUCAAGUUAUAGUUUAAGUUGUGAACUUUUUUUGUUUAUUUUAAUGUAGAUACUCAUUUUAAUUCAUAAUUCUCUUCAGGUAUUGGACAAAGAU